AUGGCCAAGCCCGGGCGUGGCGGCGGCAGGCCGCCCAAGCCCAAGGGCAAGAAGAAGGAGCCUGCCACCAUCCGCCCCGACGAUGUGUACGAGGCGGAGGACAGCGACCCUGACGAGCUGCGGCAUGCGGCCCGCUACGACCAAGUGGAGAACUACGAGUACGAGAUGCCCUCCGACUUUGAGGAUGAAGAUAUUGACGACGAGAUGGCCUUUACAGAGGAGGACAAGAAGCUGUUUGGGCACAUGUUUGACGACCAGCCGCCCGCCGGCGGCGAGGCCGGCGGCGGCAGCGACAGCGAUGAAGACCUGCUGAGCAGCGGGGAGUCGGGGGAUGAAGACGAGGACGAGGAGGGUGCCGAGGAGGAUGGAGAGGAGGAGGAGGGCGGCGGCGCAGGUGCCAAGCGCAGGCGGCGGGAGCGGGAUGAGAUGGAUGAGCUGUUUGGAGAGGGCGGCAGCAGCGAGGAGGAGGAGGAGGAGGGGGGCAGCGAGGGGCUGGAGGAGGAGGAGGAGGAGGAGGAGCAGGGCGGCGAGGGCAGCGAGGAGGACGAGGAGGCAGCGGCCGCGCGCCACCGUGCCAUGCUGGAGGCGGUGACCACCGGCGGCGGCGCGGCGGCGGAGCGGCGCAAGCGGCGGGCCCGGGAUGCGGUGGUGACUGAGGCCUACCCCGAGGCCGCCUACAACCUGCCCCCAUCCACCGCAGGCGGCGAGCUGACCGUCUCCGACCUCAUCGCCGGGCUGGGCGACGGCAAGGGCAAGCUAGGUGCGGCACGCAAAGCGCUGGAGCGACUGGAGAAGAAGGCGGCGCCGGUGGCGGCGCCGCUGCCGGGGCCCAUCCAGCAGCGCCAGGAGCGCAAGGCCGGGUACGAGGAGAGCAAGAUGGAGGCCGACAAGUGGCUGCCGAUCGUGAAGGCCAACCGAGAGGCGCCCACCCUGCGCUUCACAGCAGACAAAGCAGCCGUGCCGCGCACCACCACCACCGCCGCCAUCGCCGCCAAGCACCGCCCCGAGACGGACAUGGAGGCGGAGGUGGCGGCGCUGCUGGAGGCGGCGGGGGCACACUCGGCCAAGGCGGUGGCAGAGGCGGAGGAGGCUCUGGCCAUGAAGAAGCGACGGGCCGCGGAGGCGGGGGAGGCGGGGGAGGAGGAGGAGGAGCUGCGUCUGAUGCAGGAGCACGCGGAGUUUGACAGGGCAAAGGAGCGGUUGACGCUGAAGCACAAGAACACGUCGCGGUGGGCGCGGCGCGCGCUGCGGCGCGGGCAGCCCGUUAUGGACGAGGGCACCAAGGCCGCGCUGGAGGAGCAGCUGCGGCUGGGGCAGGAGCUGAGGCAGCGGGUGAACCGCAUGAAGGGAGCCAAGGGCAGCGACAGCGAUGCCAGCACAUCCGCAUCAGACGAGGAGGGGGGCAGCGGCGACGAGGGCGCGGCGCGCGGCGGCGGCGGCGGCGGCGGCGGCGGCGACACGUUUGCGGGGCCGCAGGCGGGGCGCGGCAUGAGCGGCAAGGUCAAGGCGGCGGCUCUGGAGUUGCUGGAAGGCAACGCCGAGGGCGAGGCCCCCUCCACCGGCCUCUUCGCCCUGCCCUUCAUGCGGCGGGCCCUGGAGCGCAAGAAGGUUGAGGCGCAGCAGGCGGCGGAGGAGGCGCUGCAGGAGCUGGACGGCGGCAGCGGCGGGGCGGCGCUCGGCGGCCGCGGCGGCCGCCUGGCCUUCACCGGCACCGGCGUGGACCAGCGGCAGCAGUGGCAGCGCGUGGCGCGCAUGGAGGCGGCGGCGCUCAACGGCGGCAGCGACCUUGGCAGCGACGAGGACGAGGAUGCAGAGGCUAAGGCACAGCGGCUAGGAAAGCGGCUGGGCCAGCCGCAGCAACAGGAGAACGGCGAGGAGGAGGAGGAGGAGGAGCAGCAGCAGCAGCAGCAGCAGCAGGGCGGCGGAGCGGCACAGCCGGACUGGCUGUUCAGCAGCAAGCAGGGCGAGGCCGCGCUGGCGGCAGCGGCUGCCGUCGCGCCCAGGCAGCGGCAGCUGGCGGCGGGUGUCAGCGUGGGGCCCGCCUCCGGCACCGCGGCAGAGCGGCAGCAGAACGGCGCUGCGCCGGCGGUGGCGGCGGCCGGCCGGCAGCAGGGCGAGGGCGGCGGCGGCGAGCAGGCGCCGGCGGCCUUUGUGCGCAGCAAGAGCUUCAAGGGGCCGCGCCCCGGAUACGCUUUCAAGAAAGGACCGCAGGGUGUGGGCUAUUAUCUGGACGGCGCAGAGGCGCAGAAGGCGUCCCGUGCCGCCCAGCAGCGGCAGAAGAAGCAGGAGGCGGCGGCGCGGCGGCAGCAACGGCAGCAGCAGGGCCAGCAGCAGCUGCAAGAGGAGGCGGGCAGCGAGGAUGAACGGAACAUGCAGCCGGUGCAGGGCUCGGGGCUGAGCCAGGCCGAGCUCGUCCGCCGCGCCUUUGCGGGAGACGACGUGGCGGCGGAGUUUUCUGCCCGCAAGGCCGAAGAGAUAGAGGGGGAGCUGCCAAAGGAGGAGGUGCCUGGCGUGCUGCCGGGGUGGGGCACCUGGGCGGGGCAGCAGCGGGAGCCGCGGUGGGCGGCAGAGGCCAAGCGCAAGGCGCAGGCUCGCAAGGAGGCUGCCGCGGCGGGGCGCAAGGACGCCAAGCUGGAGUACGUCGUCAUCAGCGAGAAGUGGGACAAGAAGAGCAGCAAGUACAAGACCCCCUCUGUGCCCUUCCCCUUUGACUCCAAGGAAACGUACGAGCGGGCGAUGCGGCAGCCGCUGGGGCGCGAAUACAACACGGAUGUGUCCUUCCGCAACCUCACGCGCCCAGCGGUGCUCAAGGAUGCGGGCGUCAUCAUCGAGCCCAUCCGCUUCUCCAAGCACAUGGCACAGCAUGACGAGCAGGUGGGGAAGAAUGCCAAGCGGGCGGCGGUCACAACGGUGGCGGGCGGCAUGCCAAAGAAGAGCAGGCGGCAGUGA